CGCAAGGCCGUCUCACGCCCAGCGUCUCCAACAUCGCUUGUGACAGUGUUGCUCUGCUCGAGGACAUUGCACCGACGCAACCAUGUCGGACCAGCAGCACAAGCCGCACCGUAAGGGCAAGGAGAAGAAGGAAAAGUCCAAACACUCUGGAGAGAAAAACCCAAAGGCGUUUGCUUUUUCAAACCCUGGCAAGCUUCAAAGGGCUGCUGCAAGAUCUGGUGAUAUCAAGGAAAAACGUCUGCACGUCCCUCUCGUCGACCGCCUUCCCGAUGAACCGCCGCCGAGGCUCGUCACCAUUGUUGGUCCCCCUGGUGUUGGCAAGACUACACUGCUGAAGUCGCUAGUCCGUCGCUAUGCCAAAGAAACGCUUUCCGAACCGCAGGGGCCCAUCACCGUGGUCACCUCCAAGAAGCAGCGCUUGACGUUCCUCGAGUGCCCGAACGAGCUCGAGGCCAUGGUCGACAUUGCCAAGGUCGCCGAUAUUGUCCUUCUCAUGAUCGACGGCAACUACGGGUUCGAGAUGGAGACAAUGGAGUUCCUCAACAUCCUUGCGGCCACUGGCAUGCCGGGCAACGUCUUCGGUGUCCUUACACACCUUGAUCUCUUCAGAAAGCCACAGGCCCUCAGGGAUGCAAAGAAGAGGCUGAAGCACAGACUCUGGAGCGAACUUUACCAGGGUGCCCAUCUCUUUUACCUGUCGGGUGUGAUCAACGGCCGUUAUCCUGAUCGCGAAAUCCACAACUUGUCCCGGUUCCUGUCCGUCAUGAAAAAUCCGCGCCCCUUGAUCUGGAGGAACUCUCACCCGUACACGGUCAUCGACAGCUUCCGCGACAUUACCCAUCCGACAAAGAUUGAGGAGGACGAGAAAUGCGACCGCUCUAUCGUCCUGUCCGGCUAUCUGCGCGGCACAAACUUUUCGGCCGAGAACCAGCGCGUUCACAUUCCUGGCGUGGGAGACUUUGCCGUAUCCAGUAUCGAGGCUCUUCCAGACCCUUGUCCGACACCAGCCAUGGAGGCUGCCAUUGCCAAGGCCACGGGCAAGUCUAACCGGCGCAGGCUUGACGAGAAGGAGAAGAAGCUCCACGCCCCAAUGUCCGAUCGCAGCGGUCUGAAGAUUGACGGCGACGCCAUCUGGAUUACCCGAGAGAAGGGCUUCACGUUCAACAAGGACGGCGAGGAGGACGUCGAGCGAGGAGAAGGCGAAGAGAUGAUCAUUGGUCUCCAGGCCGAACGACGUCUGCUGGGACAAACAGACGAUGGCGUGCAGCUGUUCCGUGGUGGCGAGAAGAUCUCCAAGGUUGCAGAGGAAGACGACACUGGAAGGAAACACCAGCGGACACCUCGCUUUGCCGAUCGUGACGGUACCGAAGCUGAGCCGCUUGACGAUGAGGGCUUCGGCAGUGGAGAGGAGGACGAUGCCUUCAACUCUGAUGAUGAGGUGCCAGAGUUCAACGAGAAGAAACUUGGCAAGAUGUUCCAAAAGGACAACAAAGACGACGGCGAGGACGAGUUGGCGUUUGCUGACAGUGACUCGGAUCUUGGCUCGUUAUCCGGCGACGAGGAUAAUGACUCAGAUGACUCAGAUGAUGAGGACUUGAUGGACGACGACGAGAUCGCAGCUCUGAAGUGGAAAGAAAACUUGUCUGCCAGAGCACAGGAGCUUCACGGUAGCAGGCCUUCGUACCGGACAGCUGACUUGGCCCGCCUCAUGUACAAUGAGUCAAUCACGGCCGAUGAAGUCCUCCGUAGGUGGAAGGGUGAGGUUGAGGCUGAGGCGGAAGAGGAGGAUAUUGAGGCCUCAGAGGACGAAGAGUUCUUCAAGAAGGCCGCUCAUGAAAAGGAGGGUGCCUUGGCAGAGGACCGCGCUAUUCCGGAGUACGACUAUGAGGACCUGGCCGCGAAGUGGUCGUUGUCGGACAAUAUUGAGCAACUCCGGCAGCGCUUCACAUCAGCCAACCUCAAUGGCAAAGCGAGCGAUGAUGAUGAUGACGAUGAGAGCGGCUUUGGGGACAGCGACGGCGGUGAUGAUGACGACGACGAAGGCGAUGGCGCUUUUGAAGAUCUGGAGACUGGCGAAUCAUUCAAGCCCGAGGCCGAGGUCAAGGCUGACACAGCAGAGGAUAUUGAAGCGGAACGCAAGAGGAACGCCAAGAGGAAGGAAGAGCUCAAGCUGCGCUUUGAAGAGGAGGAUCGUGAGGGCUUCAACAACGACAAGGCUAAUGCGCGGAGGGAAAAUGGCGACGACGGAGAGUUUGGCGAGGACGAUUGGUACGACGCGCAAAAGGCCAUGAUCCAGAAGCAGCUCGACAUCAACAAUGCCGAGUUUGAGGCCCUUGACGAGCGACAGAGAAUUGCCGUCGAGGGUUUCAAGGCUGGCAAAUACGCCAAGGUGGUCAUUGAGGGUGUUCCAGCCGAGUUUGUCAAUAACUUCCAGGCGCGGAUGCCCAUCGUCCUCGGCGGACUUUCACCCACGGAAGACAGAUUCGGCUUUGUCCAGGUGCGCCUCAAGCGCCACAGAUGGCACAAGAAGAUUCUCAAGACCAAUGAUCCCCUCAUCUUCUCGUUGGGCUGGAGGCGAUUCCAGACGCUGCCCAUCUACGCAAUCUCUGACUCGCGGACGCGCAAUCGCAUGCUCAAGUACACGCCCGAGCAUAUGCACUGCUUCGCCACUUUCUACGGGCCCUUGAUCGCCCCCAACACGGGCUUCACUUGCUUCAACUCCUUCUCUGGCGCCAUACCAGGCUUCCGCGUGGCUGCUACAGGCACAGUCCUCUCGGUCGACGAGUCCACCGAGAUUGUCAAGAAGCUCAAGCUCACUGGUGCGCCGUACAAGAUCUUCAAGAACACGGCCUUCAUAAAGGACAUGUUCAACACCUCGCUCGAGAUUGCCAAGUUCGAGGGCGCCUCGAUCAAGACAGUCUCCGGCAUCAGAGGUCAGAUCAAGCGCGCCCUGGCCAAGCCCGAGGGCCACUUCCGCGCCACGUUUGAGGACAAGAUCCUCAUGAGCGACCUCGUCUUCCUGCGCGCCUGGUACCCGAUCAAGCCGCACCGCUUCUACAACGUCGUGACCAACCUCCUUGGCGGCUGGAAGCCCAUGCGCCUGACCGGCGAGGUCCGGCGCGACCAGGGCAUCGCCACCCCGCAGGACAAGAACUCAAAGUACCGCACCGUGGAGCGCGCGACGCGGCACUUCAACCCGCUCAAGGUGCCCCGCGCGCUGGCCGCCGAGCUGCCGUACAAGUCGCAGAUUGUGCAGGUGCGCCCGCAGAAGAAGAAGACGUACAUGCAGAAGCGGGCGGUCGUGCUAGGCGGCGAGGAGCGCAAGGCGCGGGACCUUCUGCAGAAGCUCACGACGAUUCGCAAGGAUGCGCUCGAGAAGAGGCGCGCCAAGAAGGAGGAGAAACGUGCCGUGUUCCGCAAGAAGAUGGCCGACCAGAACGAGAAGAAGGAGGCACGCGAGAAACGCGAGAAGCAGGAAUACUGGCGCAAGGAGGGGAGGAAGAGGCAGGCUGCCGAGGAGGGCGGUGGUGGCAAGAGGAGGAGGUAGAUGUGUAUAUAUCUAUAGUUGGCAGGCAGACAACCAAGCUGCGUAUACGCACAUAGAGCUGCAUGAUCCGGAGAAUCGGGUACGCGCGAGUCACAAUUUGGGUUUUUUUUUUUAAUCUAGACAUUCACAUCAACCUGUCUCCAGGCUGUCCCGCGGACAUGUCACCAUCCACUGCCUGUCACUUCCGCGCGAACAUCUGCAUUGAGUGCAGAACUUUGCCACACGAUGCUGGUGACAAUGUUUCCGACAUAUAGUUG